CUUCCCUUCCCCACUUAUCCCAGCUGGCUAAGGCUUCAUCCGAAGGGAAAAAACACAAAAAAGCCUAUAUAGGAGAAAGGGUGCCAUCUCUCAGUAUCACCACCCGCUGCUCCUCUUCCCGAUGGCCUAUUCCCAUCAUCAUCAUAAUCUCCAUCUCCCUCUUCGUCCCCAAUUCCAAACCAAAGCUUUGGGGGAAUAAAUAUAUUCCCAGACGAAUAGUUAGAAUACAACACCGCGAACGCUCUCGUUCUCCCAAUCCAAUGCCUCCCCCAAAUCCAAUUUCAGUCCCCCCCUUGUAGAAAACCCUCAGGGCUUAAUCGUCUCUCCCAGGAAACCAGGGGUUUAGGGUUUUCAUGUGCUGAUCGGAAAAGCUCUACGAGUGAUGGCGUCGCCGUCGAGUUCGCCGUCUUCGUCCGGGUUUUUCGCGAUCUGCCUCCUCCAUUCCGCGGUGGCGGUGACCUGCGGCGCGCUGAUGAUGUUCUACCUGAACGAGAUCGCCGUCUUCGGCCACGGAAGCGAGACGGCGCGGAAGCUCCAGGGAUCGACCCCCCAUGACCAGCUCCUGAUCCAGACAUCGGAUUCCUUCGCCGGGCUUCUCCUCAUGGCGAUCGGGUUUCUCCUCUUCAUGGUGUCGUUCGUGAAGGAUCGGGAUUUCCAGGCUUUCUUCGCGAAAGGCUGCGUCCUCCUCCAUGCUUCCAUGGCCCUCUGGCGCGUCUACUUUGAGCGCCGGGUCGAUGACCUCGCCCGCGACUGGCCUCGCCAGCUUGUCGGUGAUAUCAUGCUCAGCCUCUCCUGGGUCCUCUUCCUCGUCUACUCGUGGAGGGAGAAGUACGACUGAAUGAAAUGUUUCGGGCUACGGAGGUACCCUCUUUAACCUUUUGGAUUCGGAGGUGAAGCUCAUGAGGGCUAAUGGGUUGUAGCUAACAUGUGGUGAUGAUUGCUCUUUUGUCCUAUUUUUUUUUAGGUUAAUUUGCUUUGGCUUGUUAUCUUGCAUGAAUCUAGAUGAAUGUGGUUGGUCUCACAUUUUAUCUUGUCUUCUCAAAUUCUUGUAAAAAUUUCUUCUCUUGUUAACAAUAAUAAAGAAUAAGAUAUAUGAGCUUCCGCUGUUGUACAACUUUCUAUCUUAUUAAAAGUGUUGGUUAGUUGGCAAA